ACAAAGAUAUGAGUAUUCGUUAUUGCGCUUAUAAUUUUAUCAGAAUUUUAUUUAAUCAGUUGCCAUUUGCUUUUUUGAGAUAAACUCGUGUGUACAUUUGGUGUGUGAAUAGAAAUACAUUGCAUGUAUAGUAUACUAUUGAGUGAAUAAAUAAUUUGCUUAACAAUCAUGUACAAAUUGAGACAUUUAUUUAAAAUUCGUAAUUCAUUAAAUACUCAACAUGGGUUGAGAUAUAACCAUGCUGGGGUCAAAACUGACCUUCAGCUGAGGAAUAUAGAUAAAGUGUUGAUAGCCAACCGAGGUGAAAUAGCAUGUAGGGUGAUGAGAACAGCUAAAAAGCUGGGAAUAAGAACUGUAGCUGUCUACUCUGAUGCUGAUAAACAUGCAAUGCAUGUUGAAAUGGCAGAUGAAGCUUAUCACAUUGGUCCGGCACCAUCUGCACAAAGUUAUCUUAAUGCAAAUAAGAUAUUGGAAGUAGCGAAGAAGUCAAAUAGCCAAGCCAUACAUCCUGGAUAUGGUUUUCUUUCUGAAAAUGUAGAGUUUUGUGAGAAAUGUGCCAAUGAAGGUGUGAUAUUCAUUGGACCACCUCCCUCUGCUAUAAGAGACAUGGGAAUAAAGAGUACUUCAAAAGCUAUAAUGUCAAGUGCAGGAGUGCCAAUAGUGAAGGGCUACCAUGGUGAAGAUCAAAGUAUUGAAAGGCUGCUAGCUGAAGCUAACAAGAUUGGAUUUCCUCUAAUGAUCAAAGCUGUACGUGGUGGCGGAGGAAAGGGUAUGAGAAUAGCAAUGACAGAAGAUGAAUUUCUCUCGCAACUGGAGUCAGCCAAGAGAGAAUCCUUGAAGUCCUUUGGUGAUGAGAGUAUGCUGUUAGAACAAUAUAUUACAGAUCCCAGACAUGUUGAAGUACAGGUGUUUGCAGACAUGUAUGGUAAUGCGGUACAUUUAUUUGAAAGAGAUUGUUCUGUUCAAAGGCGUCAUCAGAAAAUUAUUGAAGAGGCACCAGCACCGGGGCUAUCAGAGGAGACGCGUGGUGCGCUGGGCUCGGCUGCGGUGCGCGCGGCCAAGGCGGUGGGCUACGUGGGCGCGGGCACUGUGGAGUUCAUACUACAUCGUGUGACUCACGACUUCCACUUCAUGGAGAUGAACACGCGCCUGCAAGUCGAACAUCCCAUCACUGAAAUGAUUACCGGUACCGAUCUAGUGGAAUGGCAGUUACGGAUAGCUGCUGGCGAACCGUUGCCAGUAAAACAAGAGGAUAUAGUUCGUCGCGGCUGGGCCGUGGAGUGCAGGAUAUACGCGGAGGAGCCCGCAGCCGGCUUCCUGCCCAGGGCCGGCACCCUGCACAGGCUCACGCAGCCCACGCCUGAAGAAUUCGUACGGGUGGAGACAGGAGUGCGCGAGGGGCAAGAAGUGUCGGUCCAUUACGACCCGAUGAUAGCGAAGCUUGUCGUAUGGGGUAAGGACCGAAACCAGGCUCUGGCCAAAACCAGAAGGAAACUCUCCGAGUAUCAAGUGGCAGGUUUGGAGACGAACGUGAACUUUCUGCUCCGGCUGAGCGGCGCGUCUGCGUUCGUGUCUGGUGACGUGCACACCGCGUUCAUACCACAGCACGAACGCGAGCUGUUCGCGGACACCGCACUGUCCGAACAUACAGCUAUACAAGCUGCACUUGGAUAUCUAAUUCAAUCUCAGUUGUCAUCAACUGCUAAUGACACGUGGAAAGGCAUAUCUGUGUCAUCCAAUGCAUGGAGACCUAACUAUCAGCUGCGGAAGACUGUCAAUUUCAAAUUCAAUGAAAAAGACAUGAAAGUGAAUGUAGAAUAUGAAAGUGCACCGAACACUUACAAGGUGCAAGUGGACGAGGGCGAGUGGCGACAGGUGGAGGCCACGCUCACCAACACGGACCUCGGUCUCAAACUCACCACCAAAGUAGACGACAAGACGAGCAACGUCGGCUUCCUGACAUAUGAUCAGGAGGUGCAUGUUUACGAUGAACACGGUCAAACAGUAGUGCACCUACCUAGGCCGAAGUACCAGACCGCCGCCAGCUCGGAGUCCACCUCUAGCGCCAACAGCGCCGCCUCCCCCACACCCGGCGUUCUCGAGAGGGUACUAGUCAAUAAGGGAGAUAAGGUGGUGAAAGGUCAACCGUUGUUCGUGGUGAUAGCAAUGAAGAUGGAAUACGUGGUGCGGUCGCCACGGGAUGGCGUGGUAGCCUCUUUUGCUGAUGUCAAGCAGGGCGACGCCGUCGGCAAGGGGGCACAAAUUGUUGUACUAGAAAGCGAGAGCUAAAGGUCGACGCUCAGUAAACCCGAUAUAUUUAA